UUUGCAACUUGUCCGCCGCCCAACCCAAAAUUUUUUCCCAAUCUCUCGCACCUUCGUAUUAGUCAACGGUACCCGACAAGUACCGGUUUGGUCUCCCGGUUGGCACGACUUGGUCCCCAUAUAGCAGCCAUCGGUGUUAGCGCUCGCGCUUGAUAUUUGCUAAUAGCUUGCAAGACGAUGGUGCAGACCGCAGAUGUUUACUGACGACUAAUCUUCUUAUGUUUUGGUACAUCGAAAAACUGAUAUUUGGUGCGAAGGUCGAUCUGAAGUUGAUUUGGUAUGAAUCAGAAAUGUGGUUUGGAAAUUAGAUUAUGAACUUUAAGAAUUGUAUCUCUGCUUGUCCCCUGUUUGUUGAAAUGCCUCCGAGUAAGUUUUGUUCAGAGAUGUUAUGUCAUAAAGAUAGAUUAACUCCAUACAGUUAGUUGCAUAUUAUUAAUAGGGGAAACAUAAUUUGAACAACUUUCAAAGGUUGGCAAGCGCAAUUGCAGUCUAGUUUGUUAUGAUAGAGAAACUGCGGGUUUCCUCGAUGGGUAGUUUUUGCAAGAGAGACUUGGUAAGGUGCAGAGCUAUUGGGUGGCAGAUUCAGUGUAUGGAUGCUACUUUUGUCGGUUCUUCAUGUGUGAUUAAAAGAGACCUGUAGUACAAUUUCAAGCUUAUGGAUUAUGUUCUACUCCUGAACUGAUGAGGAAUGACAGUGAUAAGGGCAUCGGUAUGUCUCUGGCAAAGAGCUUAGCUUCUGUGCUUGACGAAUCUCCUAAACCUGUUGAGAGAAGACCUCUGACUAGAAUGGAGCUCAAGAGAUUAAUUGAAUCCCGCGUAAAGAAAAGGGUAAAAGAGCAAUACAUAAAUGGGAAAUUUCAUGAUCUAUUGGCAGAAGUAAUUGCGACUCCCAAGAUUCUUCGUGAAGCUUAUGACUGUAUAAGGCUAGAUUCUAACAUUGACUUGUCUGUGAAGGGUGAUGAUAUCAAUUUUGAAUCCAUUGCAAAAGAGCUCUUAGAUGGAGGAUUUGAUGUCAAAGCAAAUACCUUCUCCAUUGCAACAAAGGGAGAAAACAAAAAAGUCUUAAGCAUUCCUAAUCUGAAGUUGAAGGUUGUUCAGGAAGCCAUUAGAAUAGUUGUGGAUGUUGUUUACAGGCCUCAUUUUUCUAAAAUUUCGCAUGGUUACAGAAGUGGAAGAGGAUGCCAUUCGGAUCUAAAGUAUAUCACGAAAGAGAUAUCUGAUCUCAGAUGGGGGUUUACGUUACAUGUGAAAAAGAAAGUUGAUGAUAGUAUUUUCACUCAACUAAUAUCAAUCAUGGAAGACAGGAUUGACGACCCUAGGUUGUAUUGUAUCCUUCGAAACAUGUUUGAUGCUGAUGUUCUGAACUUGGAAUUUGGGGGCUUCCCAAAAGGUCAGGGUCUUCCACAAGAGGGUGUCUUAGCCCCUACUCUGAUGAACAUAUAUCUUGACCAAUUCGAUCAAGAAGUGUACAGGAUACGCAUGAGGUAUGAAGCUCUUGGUGAUGUUGAUACAAAUAAAGACAAACAAAAGUCCACGUUACGCAACUGGUUCAGGAGGCAGUUGAAAGAGGAGAGCAGUAAAAACCUAGUUGAUGAGAGUUCCAGUUUAAAGUUACAUGCUUGCCGAUUCAUGGAUGAGGUUUUUGUUGCCAUUUCAGGGUCCAACGUCAAAGAUGCUGUUGAAAUCAAAUCUGAUAUGCAGAAGUAUUUGCAGAGUUCUCUUCAUCUAGACGUGGAUGUAACAGAAGUUUUACCAAUUGAUGUCCAUUGCGGAAUUCACUUUCUGGGUACUGUUGUUAGAAUAGGCGUGAAAGAGAGCCCUGCAGUGCGAGCAGUUCACAAGUUAAAGGAUAAGGUUCAACUGUUUGCAUCUCAGAAGCAAGAAAUUUGGGAUACCAUGGCUAUCCGGAUUGGAAAAAGAUCCAUUGGUCAUGGUUUGAAGAAGGUUAAAGAAUCGGAAAUUAAGCAAUUAGCUGAUGACAAUUCUAUCCUGAGCCAGAUUUCGCAUUUUCGUAAAGCUGGGAUGGAAACCGAUCAUUGGUUCAUGGUUUUAACCAAAAUUUGGAUGCAAGACUUGAAUGCCAGAGCCCAGAAUUCUGAAGAGGAAGUCUUAGCUAAGUAUAUUGCUGAACCAGCCUUGCCACAAGAACUAAGAGAAUCUUUCGACAAUUUUCAAAGACAAGCCAAAGAGUAUGUUUUAUCGGAGACUGCUACAACUCUUGCACUCUUACCUGAUUCCAUAUCAAAUCAAUCUACUACCAUCACAGAGGUUUUGGCACCAAUUGAUGUCAUUAGGAAAAAGCUUUUACUGUAUGGCCUGGUUAAUGGCGGAGGAUAUCCACGCCCUAUUGCUGCACUAAUCUUGCAAGAUAACAUUGAAAUCAUAGAUUGGUUCUCAGGUCUAGUUCGUCGUUGGCUCAAGUGGUUUAACCAUUGCACUAACUUUCUAGAAGUCAAGGCCAUUAUCGUAAACCAGGUAAGGAUGUCUUGCAUCAGAACACUCGCAGCUAAACAUCGCAUUCCUGAAUGUGACAUUGAAAAACAGUUCGAGCUAGAGCUGAGUGGAAUUCCAGUGACUGAAGAUUUUGAGCUUGAAAUGGAGGAUGAGAGGUCACAUUCUUUAGUUUUUGACGAGGAUGAAGCCUUAAAUUAUGGAAUCUCUCAUUGUGGUUUGUGUUUGCUUUCUUUAACUAGAUUGGUAAGCCCGUCAAGACCUUGUGAGCUAUGUAGUCAAUUUCGCUUGUACCGGCCGAAAUAUCGGCGGAAUUUCGUGUACCGGUGUUAGAGCGAAACGAAAACACAAAUAUCACGGUACGAUCAAUGUAGUCAAUAUCGGAUACCGGUUUGUCUCGGCUGAGGACCGGUACACUGGUACAACAUUGUAUCGGGGAGAUCUCGGUUUCAAAUAUCGGGGAGAUAUCGGUUCUAAAUUUAUAUCUAUAAUUUAUAUUGUUUCACACAAAAUUAUACAACAUUAAAAUGCAUCAAUUUUAGAAAAACAAACAAGUUCAUUCAAAACAUAAGAGUCGUCGUAUGAAGUUCAAAUUGGAAAAAUGGGAGAAUUCACAGUUGGUUUGAUAGUUUCAUACAGAAAGAACACAUAUAAAUUGAUUAGAUCUAACAAGAAUGGAACUAUCAAUUAAGAUGGAGAAACUAAUUUGUUAAUGAUGAAAACCAUUUUAUCAAGAUGUAUCAAGAUUUAACAAAUAAUUCAUCAAAGAAUAAUUAGAUACAAAUCACAGCAAAAGAAGAAAUUAACUAUCAAAACCCUAACCUCUUGUUAACAGAUCGACCAUCAAUUGAAUCUCGCCAUUGACAUUAAGAAGAAGAAAAAAACGGAUGCCAAGAAGGGUUUCUGAAGAUUUUUCUGCCAAAAAUUUCGAU